AUGACCAUUAUUCAUGCACCGCUACAUUUAUUUGGAUCCUCUAUAAUCGCCAAGGCCCAUUUUGGAAUAAAAAGGCCCUGCAGCCCCAGGCUUGGCGACCGCAGCCGAAGCUGCAGUAGCAGCCACAGCAAAAAACGUUCUCCGUCUUUCUGCUCCGACAAAAAGUUUGUCUCCAUUAGUUACUUUCUCAUUAGAGGUCUCUGUGCCCAUGAAGUGGACUGGGGAGGGGGGGGGAGAAGCAAAAUAGGGCCCCCGAAGCCGAAGGCCGGAUACAACCCAGCUCCCCAGAGAAGCUCGGAAACCUCGGAGCCCACAGGGACGUAUAGUCGUAUUUUAGACAUCCCCUGUAAAGUGUGUGGGGACCGCAGCUCUGGAAAGCACUAUGGAGUAUAUGCCUGUGAUGGCUGCUCGGGUUUUUUCAAACGGAGUAUAAGGAGGAAUAGGACCUAUGUCUGCAAAUCUGGAAACCAGGGAGGCUGCCCAGUGGAUAAGACGCACAGAAACCAAUGCAGGGCUUGUCGCUUGAAGAAGUGUUUGGAAGUCAACAUGAACAAAGAUGCUGUGCAGCAUGAGCGAGGACCCAGGACGUCUACUAUCCGCAAGCAAGUGGCCCUGUAUUUCCGCGGCCACAAGGAGGAGAACGGUGCAGCCCCUCACUUUCCUUCCGCAGCCCUGCCGGCCCCGGCUUUCUUCACUGCAGUCACGCAAUUGGAACAACAUAAUCUGGAACUGGCGGCUGUGUCUGGAACCCCAGAGAGGCAAACACUGGUGGGACUGGCCCAGCCCACGCCCAAGAUAUUCAGAUUCUUAACAAACUUUAUCACAGGAAGGACUUUGGCAAAUGCUCAUCUCACUUUCUUGAUUUCUUUGCAUUUCAGGUAUCCCACUCAACCUUGUCGUUUUGGUAAACUCCUGUUGCUUCUGCCAGCCUUACGUUCCAUUAGCCCAUCUACAAUAGAAGAAGUGUUUUUCAAAAAAACCAUUGGCAACGUGCCAAUUACGAGACUGCUUUCAGAUAUGUACAAAUCCAGUGAUAUCUAA